GUACGCGCUGGUGGGCUGUGUCCUGCUGGAGCUGCACGGGACACACGCCAGGGGUCAGAGGAGGCACAAAGACAAGAGUUUCUUCCCACGACCCGGAGCUGCACGUGGGGAUGGGACGGUGCCAUCAGGACCAGACCGCAAAGGAACCAUCACCCGAGUGGACAUGUUUGUGGUGGAAGAAGACACCGACCUCAUGGACCCCUUCUUCGUACACCCCAACUGGAAACCUCCAAGGAACGGUCAGAAGAACCACCAAAAGGGAAAGCCCGACGUGUCCAAGGACCUGGAGGAGAACAUUACCACAGAUAAGAAGACAGACGCUGGUGGUAGGACUAUUCCGUUGUAUCCUGGGAAACCUUCAGACGAUAUCAUUGAUCUAGACUCGGGACUAGCCCCAAAGAAACCCUCUGUUACUCCAAAAUCCUCCAUUAAAGCGGAGGAGCUCAAACCUACCAGCUCACACUUGGACCAGACCAGAGGACACGUGGUGCAGGAGCAGCCUCGGGUGAUCAGCGCAGUGUCCAAAGAGGGAGACCUAGUCCUGGGAUCCGACGGGAAAUGGUACAGACUUCAGAGAGGAUCUAAAGGACACAUGGGACCCCCCGGACCUCAAGGCUGUCCCGGUGACGUGGGUUUGACAGGAUUUAAGGGAGAUAAGGGUAAGACUGGUCCUGAAGGUAAACCAGGAAGGAGAGGAGAGCCAGGACCACAAGGACCUGCAGGGUUACCCACGCUUUACCUAUGGAGGAACACGGCAGAGGCGUGGGCCGCCUUCCAGCAAUCCAGUUUCUACCAGCUGCUGCGCUCUGGCUGGCCUAGGGAGGAAGGACCCGAAGGACCACCUGGAGAGAUGGGCAAACCUGGUCAUCAGGGUCCACGUGGUGAACCUGGAGAGCGAGGCCGACCAGGAAUUCCAGGAGAAAUGGGGGAGAUGGGUCUUAGAGGCCCUCCAGGACCUCGAGGACCACCUGGACGAGAUGGAGAGAAUGGGGAGGAUGGUCUGCCCGGGCCUCCUGGAGUGCCUGGAUCUGCAGGCAUGUGGGGGUAUAGAGGAGAGCGAGGCGCGAAAGGGGAGGAAGGCGACGAGGGUCUCAUGGGCGUCAGUGGACAAAGAGGAGAUGUCGGCGAACCGGGAGAGAAGGGUUCUAUUGGUUUACCUGGACCUCUCGGACCUAUGGGACUGCCGGGGCCUCAGGGAGUGAGAGGAGUCGAAGGGCUCGAGGGACCUCCUGGACCUGAUGGGGAGGCAGGGCAGGACGGCGGACUUGGGUUGCCAGGCCCAGCAGGAGCUCCAGGUUUGACUGGACAAGUUGGGGUUCAAGGAGUCAAUGGGACACAGGGAGACAUGGGUCCUGUCGGCAGUGUCGGUCCACCUGGUCCUCAGGGUCCUCCAGGGUUAGAGGGCGAGAUGGGAGCCACAGGACUUCAUGGCUCUCAGGGAGCUCCAGGACUGACGGGUGCAGCCGGGCCAAAAGGAGACCCUGGGCCUAUGGGGCCUGCUGGCCCUCGGGGGGAGCCUGGCUUUGAGGGGCCCAUGGGUCCACAAGGAACAAAAGGAGAGGCAGGAUUUCCUGGAGCUCCAGGACUGCGGGGUCCAGAUGGGGACAAGGGAGAACCAGGACCCAAAGGAAGCCGAGGUCUGGUGGGGGCCGUAGGCAUUAGGGGCCCUCAGGGAGAGAGGGGCCCCACUGGUUUCCUGGGGUUUCCUGGAAUAAAGGGGCAGCUUGGACCCAAAGGUCCAGAGGGUCCCAGUGGAGAAGCUGGGGCACAAGGGAAGCAGGGAGCUCCAGGUUCAAAGGGCAACAGAGGAGCAGACGGACGCAGUGGUAAACCAGGCCCCAGAGGACAGAGGGGGCGCGCUGGUCUCAAAGGUCAUACGGGUCAACCAGGCCCAUUGGGUUUGCCUGGACCUCCUGGACCAAUGGGAGCAGAAGGAAAGCCUGGUACACAGGGUCCUCCAGGAGCAGGGGGCAGCGUGGGCAGUAACGGGCCAACGGGCUUCACUGGUGUUUUUGGGGAGAGAGGAGCAGACGGACCACCUGGAUCCCCUGGCCCUCCGGGGAAACCAGGACCUCCGGGCGCACCAGGCCCUCCAGGGGACAGCGGCUUCACAGGGAAACCUGGAGUGGAGGGGCCCCAGGGUCCUGUAGGCAUGUAUGGAAUCCAGGGAACUGUAGGGAUGCAUGGACAUCCAGGCCCCAUUGGUGAACGGGGUGAGCCGGGAGUACGAGGUUUACCUGGACCUCCAGGAAAGCCUGGACCUCCUGGUCGACCGGGAGUGUGUGGAGAGAGAGGAGCGCGAGGACCUCAGGGUCGACUUGGAGAUGAUGGGGACAGGGGUUUACCAGGACCUCCAGGACCUCCCGGUUUAACUGGAACUGUAGGAGCAGCAGGAAAACCUGGCCCCAGAGGAAGCAGAGGCUCCCCAGGGAUGGAGGGCUCUGCAGGGCCAAUAGGAAUCCCAGGGACUCUUGGAGCUGAUGGACCCUUAGGAGCAGCAGGAGAGAAAGGACAAAAGGGUCCACCAGGCUCACCUGGAGAUAUUGGACCAUCUGGACCAGAUGGAGCACAGGGUCUGCCUGGUUCUACAGGGUCAGAGGGCCCUCCUGGACAGAAAGGAGAACAGGGGGAGUCUGGGUCAUGUGGGACUCUUGGACCUCCAGGACUUCCUGGAGAAAGGGGGCCAGAAGGACUCAAAGGCCCCCCAGGACCAACAGGACCAUUUGGUAAAGAGGGAGCUGUUGGCCUUCCUGGUGAAAUUGGAGACUCGGGCCCCAGGGGAGAGAAGGGCGACCCAGGACCUCCUGGUUUAUCUGGUCCAGAAGGCCCCUGGGGGCCCCUUGGAGCAAAUGGGGAACGAGGCCCCAAAGGAGAGAUGGGUGAUAUUGGACUGAUGGGAGAACCAGGGCUAAUGGGAGACGUAGGACCCGCAGGCCUGCCAGGGACACAGGGCUCCCUGGGUCCUUCUGGAGCUGUGGGACCAGAUGGACCGCAAGGGCGCAAGGGGGAUACUGGCUCCACGGGGCCGCCUGGAGAGCCUGGUUCAGUUGGGCCUCAGGGAGCAGCAGGAGCCCAAGGAGUCAGAGGAGAGACUGGCAAACUGGGGCCCCCUGGUGCAGUGGGUCAGCCUGGACCUAAGGGAGAACAAGGAGCUAAAGGAGAACCAGGAUCACAGGGACAGAAGGGAGAGCCAGGGCCUGUUGGACCACCGGGGGAGCAGGGAGAAGAAGGCUUACCAGGAAUCCAAGGUCCUCCUGCCUUGCCUGGACUGGAGGGGUCACCAGGGGAAAGUGGACCCCAGGGCCCAGCAGGACUCCCGGGAGCUCUAGGUCCGACUGGAAAACCAGGGCCUGAAGGAAAACCAGGACUGAAAGGAGAAAAGGGAGACGAUGGAGAGACUGGUCCACCUGGAAAAGCAGGUCACAUUGGAAGGAGGGGCAAACGAGGCAAAGCCGGAGUGCGGGGCAGUAGAGGAGACAGAGGAGCAAAGGGUCAAAAAGGAGACAGUGGAUUGGCGGGGCUUCAAGGCUGGCCCGGUUUCAUUGGAAGCCCUGGAUUACGGGGGGAGCCGGGGGAUCAGGGACCGAAGGGGGAACAGGGGGAGAAAGGCGACAUGGGGCUGGAUGGACCUCCUGGACCACAAGGCCCUAAGGGCGUCCGUGGUGAUCCAGGGGUGGCAGGUCCAGUGGGUGCAAAGGGAGAACAGGGAAAUAUUGGUACACAAGGGAUGCGGGGAACACCAGGGAUGCCAGGAUUUCCGGGUUUGUUUGGUUUGAAGGGUUUGAAGGGAUAUCCGGGCUUGCCUGGUCUGCCGGGGAGACCGGGCUACCCAGGCCCUCCUGGGCUUCCAGGGCCCCCAGGGACGUCUCUGAACAUGACUCUAACACAGCUAAAGGACCUGGUGUACCUGUCGGACAAACCAAACUUAUCCGUGGUGCAGACGCUCUUAGAAUCUCUGCAGCUGGAGCUCCGCCUCAUCCUGGACCCUCCUGACGGGAGCAAAGAGCGGCCCGCCACCACCUGCCUGGAGCUGUGGCUGUGUCACCCCGACUACACCAGCGGCAUGUAUUACAUCGACCCCAACCAGGGCAGUGCCGGCGACGCUCUCCUGGCCUACUGCAGCUUCUCUGACUCCGCCCCUCAGACCUGCCUUCACCCGCGGGACCCCCAGCUGCCGAUGAGGGGCUGGAUGGAGGACAUCACAGACGAGGGCUCUUUUUUCUGGCUCAGCAAAAUGGACCGCGGUUUUCAGUUUGACUAUCCUGGAGCCAGUGUGGUACAGCUGCGCUUCCUGAGGUUACACAGCAGCAGCGCAGUGCAGAAGCUCACGUACUCAUGUCACCCGGGACACAGGCUGGGACAGAGCAGCCGGGACGCCAAGUUUCUCACCAACACGGGCAAACAGAGCUACCUCGGACAGCUCCAGGACUGUGUGCCUGCAGAGGAGCCGGGCUCUGUGCGGGAGGCCAUUUUGGAGUUUGAGGACCUGCAGCUGCUGCCUCUCCGAGACGUGGCUCUGAUGUCACGAGCUAAUACCACUCACCACUUCAGCGUCACCAUGGGACCAGUGUGUUUCAGCUAGAGACGAACUCACAGAAACCAAGUACCUCCGCCAGGCUCAGGCUCUGUCCACACCAAAGGCUUUUAUCAGGAUACUAAUGAGGAAAAAAGAAAGAAAAAAACACUCUAGAAAAUGACUAGUAAUAAGUUAUAAAUGGAACAUCUCAUUAAAGAGGGGGUUUUAUGCAAAAUCAUUAUUUUUGGAGCUUUCUACAAUAUUAUAACGUUCUCUCAUCAAAAACGUGCCUGAAGAGAUUUUAGAUGUCGUUCAUGCAUGUUUGUGUAAGCCUGAGAUUACUAU